CUGGGUUGGACUGGCGGCCGUGGAGUUUGUGACACACCAGGUGACACCCCUCGAGUCACUUCCCUUCAACUCUGGAACGCCCGCCCGGCUUUGGGUUCGCUCGGCAGCCUUCGCCCCCCUCCUAGCCCCAGGGCCCGACGCGCAGAGCCCAGCCCCGUCCAGCGCGCGCCAGCAGCCGGCGGCCGCCCAGCCCGCCCAGCCCAGCCCGCAGCCCGGCCAGCCCAGCCCGCAGCCCGGCCAGAGCUCCCCGGCAGCCCGAGCCAUGAAUACCGAAAUGUAUCAGACCCCCAUGGAGGUGGCGGUCUACCAGCUGCACAAUUUCAACAUCUCCUUCUUCUCUUCCCUGCUUGGAGGGGAUGUGGUUUCCGUUAAGCUGGAUAACAGUGCCUCCGGAGCCAGCGUGGUGGCCAUAGACAACAAGAUCGAGCAGGCCAUGGAUCUGGUGAAGAAUCAUCUGAUGUAUGCUGUGAGAGAGGAGGUGGAGAUCCUGAAGGAGCAGAUCCGGGAGCUGGUGGAGAAGAACUCCCAGCUGGAGCGUGAGAAUACUCUCUUGAAGACCUUGGCGAGCCCAGAGCAGCUGGAGAAGUUCCAGUCCCGUCUGAGCCCCGAGGAGCCAGCUCCCGAAACCCCAGAAGCACCUGAGGCCCCCGGUGGUUCUGCGGUGUAAGUGGCUCUGUCCUCAGGGUGGGCAGAGCCACUAAACUUGUUCUACCUAGUUCUUUCCAGUUUGUUUUUGGCUCCCCAAGCGUCAUCUCACGUGGAGAACUUUACACCUAGCAUAGCUGGUGCCAAGAGAUGUCCCAAGGACAUGGCCACCUGGGUCCACUCCAGUGACAGACCCCUGACAAAGAGCAGGUCUCUGGAGGCUGAGUUGCAUGGGGCCUCGUCACCCCAAGCCAGCGAGCCUCUGAUGCCACCGCGCCCUGGGGGCUCCCAGGGCCUGGGCAACUUAGCUGCAACUGGCAGAGGAGAAAGGUAGUUUGAGACAGGCCGCCAGUUUGCUCCAGAAAGUCUUAGGGGUCUGUUUUUUCAUUUCCAUGGACAUCUUCAACAGCUUCACCUGACAACGACUGUCCUGUGAAGAAGCCACUUGUGGUUUAAGCAGAGGCAGCCUCUCUCUCCUCCCCUGCCUCGCCAAGGCAGGGCCACAGUUGGGAGAGAUUGAGCCAAGUCAGCCUUCUGUUGGUUAAUAUGGUGUAAUGCAUGGCUUUGUGCACAGCCCAGUGUGGGAUUACGGCUUUGGGAUGACCGCUUACAAAGUUCUGUUUGGUUAGUGUUGGCAUAGUUUUUCUAUAUAGCCAUACAUGCGUAUAUAUACCCGUAGGGCUAGAUCUGUAUCUUAGUGUAGCGAUGUAUACAUAUACACAUACACCUACGUGUUGAAGGGCCUAACCAGCUUUGGGAGUACUGACUGGUCCCUUAUCUCUUAAGGCUAAUUCUUUGACUGUGUUCAUUUACCAGGUUGAUCCAGUUUGUCCUUUAGGUUAAGUAAAACUAAAGAGUAAAGGCAGGGAGGGGAGGCCACCCUCUGAAUGCCUUGCUGCUGCAACCUUUGCCCCAUCUGUCCCCUGAAGACGUGUGAGGUCCUCUUUUGAAUGCCAAACCCACCAUUCACUGGUGCUGACUACAUAGAAUGGGGUUGAGAGAAGAUCAGCUGGAACUUUACAUUGUCAUUCGAAAACAUGUUUGUGUUUUUUUUUUGUUUUUUUUUUUUUUGUGGAAAACUUGCAAGUGAACAGAAUGGUUAGCUUGCCGGUGUCCUCUUGUGGACAAGGGAUAGACAAGGGAAUGGCUUUGACCCGACGGUGCCUGGGUGAUGUGCUCAGGGAGCUUGUCUCUAGGGAGUUCUGUGGCAGUGAACACUUUCCACUUUCUGACACCUUAUCCUGAUGUUAUGUCUCCAGGAUUUGGACUUUGAUUUUUCAAAUGUAGCUUGAAAUUUCAAUAAACAUUGCUCUUUUUUUUUUCUAAAAAUAAA